CACAGACGGUUGUUUUCCACUAGUAAGAGAUGAAGAAACAUUCAAAUGUGUCCCAGGAAAAGAAUAUACGUUAUCAAUGUCACAGUUCAUCAAUCAUGAAGCUCUACAAGAUAAUUUCAAGUCAAAUUCGCAGAAUGAAAUCCACACCGCAAUGCUGGGUCUGCAAUUUCUUCAAUUCACUCUGAUUCUGUUCAGUUUAUGGGUAAAACUGCGCCGUGGCUGGCUGCAAUUCUUGCUAAUCCUAGAAGCAAUUGGUUUUCUUAUUUCCAUGAGUAUUAUGAUUGCUGUGAUGAUGUUUUCCACAAGUAAUCCAAACUUUCAAGCGAGUAAUCUGAAAUUCGUUGGAUUUAUACAUGAUUUAGGUCAUAUUAUGUUCUGGGCUGCAAUUACAUCUCAUGCAUCCAACAUAAUCAAUGCAACAAGAAUAAUGUGGCUUGGAACAGUGAUGCCAGCAGGCGCAAAUCCACAUUCAACCAUUCUCUUCACAUACGGUGUGAAACUCUGCAAAAUAGCCAUGAAUAUCAUCUACAACAAGUGUCUCUUGAAUGAUUUUGUAAAUUACCAUGAAAUUGAUGGCUCGCAAUGCUGGAUUGUUUUACAUGGACAAGAUAUAGACUACACAAUCAUGUUCGAUGUGCUUGGAAGGUUUCAACAGCCACAUCUAUGGUUAAUCUUUUAUGUCAUCUCGAAGGUGCUCACCACAUGGGUGGACAAUGCAGCAACUGCUUCACUGAUCAUGAUUGCCUUUGUCAAUGAAUACAAAUGGAUGGGGUAUUGGCCUGCGAGUGUUGCAACUGCUUUCAGCUUGAUUAUGUUUCUAAUUAGUAUUGUGCUCUUCACACCGUUCAAAAGUGGCAUGUAUUUCAUCUGGCAUCAUUAUGAGUGUGCAUUUCUAUCGACAUUCACUUUGGUUCUCACCAUAAUCACGUUUAACUUCAUUUAUUCAAGUAAUGUGAUUGCAAAUGAUUACUUUUUUAAGUUUGAGAUGUUUCCGACGAAUGUUUUGAUGACACAUAUGAAUUUAUCAUCAAUUAUUAUCUGGUUUUCAUUAGCUGCUGUUAUCUGUUCGUUGAUUUUUGGAACAGUUGAUGAAUCUUACAGUAACAAAUCAAGUGUGAUUAUAUUUACAAUCCUGUGCAUCACACCGUUGUUUUUCAUGAUGUUUAGAUACAUUUCAUCUGGUCUUAAGAGUCGUUAUACCUUUGUGGAUCGUCCAAUGCCUACAUGGGGAUCAACAGAAGUUGAUGAGUUGAAUUUAAGGAAAUUAUUCAUUCCACAACGCGAUAUUAAAUAUCGACAUAUCGGUGUUGUGUGCAAACACAAUUGUUUACCCAAUUCAGAAACUUUUGGAAAAGAACUGAAAAUAACAGAUAGAUAUUAUUACACACAGAUUUUAGAUCUGGUUGAACGUGAUUACAACAAAUAUAAUUUCCUGUUAAAAGUUCAUGAUAUGGAUAUAGAAGCAUUGCGCAAAGAAAAAACAAGAUAUGAGAAGAAAUCAUUGUGUUUUGAGAUAAUGGCGGACAACGAAGACGGUGAAGUUACAAGUAUUGAUGGAAGAAACUACGGAUUACAAAUUACUUCGAUGGGAGGACGUUAAAACCAUGAUUAACCUAUAUUUAUGCCUAUUUUCCUAUAUUUUAUAAUUUAUAAAACUCAACCCUGGAAUUAUCCCUAGUCCCAAUUAUAUUUCCACCUACACAUGGUGAUUAUCUUAA